AUGCUGUACCUCGUAGGCCUUGGGCUGUCCGAUGAGACAGAUAUCACUGUCAAAGGCCUGGAGGUGGUGAAGAAGGCAUCACGAGUCUAUCUGGAGGCCUACACCAGCAUUCUGCUCGUGGACCAACCUGCCCUGGAAGCCUACUAUGGCCGCACAGUGAUACUGGCCGACCGCGAAAUGGUCGAGUCCAACAGCGAAGAGAUCCUGCGAGACGCCCAGACCGAGGAUGUGGCCUUCCUCGUCGUCGGCGACCCCUUCGGCGCGACCACGCACACCGACCUCGUCCUGCGCGCGCGCGAGCUGCAGAUCCCCGUGCGGACCGUCCCGAACGCCUCCAUCAUGAGCGGAAUCGGCGCCGCGGGCCUGCAGCUCUACAACUUCGGGCAGACUGUGAGCAUGGUGUUCUUCACGGACAACUGGCGGCCGAGCUCGUUCUACGACCGAAUCAAGGAGAACAGGCAGAUCGGCCUGCACACGCUCGUGCUGCUGGACAUCAAGGUCAAGGAGCAGAGCAUGGAGAACCUGAUGAGGGGCAGGAAGAUCUUCGAGCCGCCGCGGUACAUGACCGUGGGCCAAUGUGCCUCGCAAAUGCUCGAGGUUGAGGAGGACAGGCAGGAGGGCGUGUAUGGGCCCGACAGCCUUGCCAUCGGCGCGGCAAGGGUUGGCGGCAAGGAGGAGAAGUUCGUCGCGGGCACGCUUAAGGAGUUGUGUGAUCAGGACGAGGUGCUUGGCGCUCCCCUGCACAGCCUGGUGCUCCUGGGACGGAGGACGCACGAGCUGGAGCACGACUAUGUCCGCGAAUUCGCCGUCAACAAGGAGACUUGGGACAGCAUUUGGAAGGCCGAGUACGGCAAGCAGCAAUGA